UCUACUUCUCCUUCUCCAACUACUACUAUAUAUAACUAAAUACAAUUGUGUAAGAAAACAUAGAGAACAAGAGAAAUAAGAAGAUUCCAUUGAAGCUAAAGAAAAUCAAGAAUGUUGCUAGUGACUUUGAUUGCUGAGAUGAUGAAGGAGUACACGGUGGUGCUCGCCGGACUUUUGGAGCAUCUCUUCUCUCAAGCGCCUUUUCCGAGGAGAAUCCGACUUCAGAUUUUAUACUCUCUUCCUUUUCAUAGUUCCAAUUCAUCUCUCCCUCUUCUCCUUCCUUCCCCUCCUCUUUAUUCUCGUUCUUCUUGAUGUUUAUUUUCUUGCUUACUUUGUGAAUUUUUUUUACGUGAGCUUUUUUUGUAAAUAAGAUCUCUUCUACAUUAAUGCAUCCUUUAAAAAACAAAAGAAAAAGUUACUGAGCUUUCUU